AUGGCACCGGUUCGAAGAUCAACUCGGACAGCAAAAGCGCGUAAUAGUUCCCCCAAGAAGCAAAAUAGCCUGCCACUAGGUGCGAAAAGGCGAUCCAACAGAAAGAACAGAUCAUCGCGAGAAAAGUCACCAUCAGUGGAGCUCAAUUCAUCUCCAAUAAAGAAACUCAGUACCCAGCAAGACCUAACUCCGACUAAACAGAAAUGCACCCCAAAAAGCAGAAAAACUGUGUUGUUUUCGGACGAUUUGGUUUCUGAUCUUCCAAGCACGCCAGACAGGUGCAGUACACCGAUGCGAUCUAUUUUAAAACCCUCUAAUGUCAAUAUUCCAAACGGAGGACCACGUACUACUGAUGCCCUACAUUGGGCUGACUCUAAAUACGCAGAGUUUUGGCUUCCGGGCACUAUAGUGCAGGCUCCGCUAGGCUCUGAGGGUCUUUCAACACUCGUGGCAGGAUGCUUAUCGGUUUUGAGUGACGAAAAUUUCAACAGGCGGUUUGAGGUGUACGGAUCGUUGAAUAGCAUUUUCAGAGCAAAUACAGUACUGGUGGUUCGUCUGUUUACUAAAGAGAGUGAGAGCACCUUGAGACCGCUUGUGACGCAGAUCAUCAUAGACAUUCAGAAAAGUGAGGAGGAGAUUUACAAUUCAGCAUCGAACAAAGAAAACCAGGACCAGGCUAAAUGUGACCCCUUUAAGAUACGUACUUUGACACAGUCUUUAAAGCUUCUCAGUCAGAUCAUGUCGCAUGAGGACUUGAACAACUCUGUAUCGAUGGAGACAAUAUUUUCGAUAUACGAACUUGCUUCCACAAGUCUUGUGCACCCCACCAUAUCUAAAGCAGCCAUCUCGCCGUAUUUGUCCAUAAUCAAGGAUUGUAAAUUGAAUGCAAGCCGACGAAGGGAAUUAUUCCAUAACCAGGAAGUCCUUGGGAAAAUGUUAUUUGCAGUCCUCAAUUUUAAAAGCUUCCCAAGUGCAUCUUUGGUAACAGAGAGACUUUGUUGCUUAAAGAACUAUGUUUUGAAUUUCCCCGAAUUUAUGGCUAAGAGCAUUGAUAGUUGGUUGGUGCCAUUGAUGCUAAGUUUGCUCAAUAUGAACCACCCAGUCUACAUUAAGUCCAUUAGCGUUGGUGUUUAUUGUUUAUUAGAAGCAGCAAAGUGCUUUUUGGACAACAGUGAUGUCCACGAAUUUGUUUCAAACCAAUUUUUGCUGCCAGUAACUGACAAUGUGAAGUUGUUUAUUCCAGCUCAAGAAUUUUCUGGAAAUAUAGAACGGUUAGAAAAUGCAAGACUUAGUGAGUUUGUUGUUCACAAGUUGAGAGAGCUAUUACUCGCUGAUAGCAAACUAGCCAUGGACAUGUGGAUGGGGUUGACAUUAUUGGCUGGCGGAGAGAAAUUUGAGAAAUGCACUGAUUUAAAUUUGUGGCUUACUGUUCCAGGUUGUUGUUUCAGCAUGGGACACCAAGCAACUGCGUUGGCCAUAUCAUGUUACAGAGCUAUUUGCUUCAACUUAUGCAAAAACGGUUUGGCUGAUUUCCGCAAAGCUAUUGACAGUACUCAAUUCCUGGCUUCAGGAGACGAGAAGACUAUCGCUACCGGCGCAUUGCGGUCAAAAGUGGAAGCCUUAAUACAUGUUUUCAACGCUCAUACUUCCAAGGAUUUUUCGAUGGAGGUGACCGAUUCAAUCCACAAUAUUUUUCUAAUUGAAAUACACCUCAUUCUUGGACCCUCGAUUCUAAAGCUGUGGACCAAGUACUUGCCACUUUUGUGGGACAAAAUUGUACAACCAAUAUUGAAAAGAUUUUACCUUCGAAAGGGGCUAAAUGCUCAUGUCCAUCGAUUAGCUUGGGAAGUUAUGACUGCGCUCCUCAAAUCAUCAAUACCGCAUACGGAGAAAGAUUUUAACGAGCUACGGGUGUUAUCAAAUGAAGCCAUGAGUCUCGAUCAAGUCAACACACUCCCUGCCAGAUUUGUUCAUACACAUUUUGACAAAAUCAUGGAACCAAUGAUUUUACUAUAUCAAUUGGAUUCCAUCAAAUUUGAACAAAAAUUGAGCCUUUUCUUUUCAUUUUUGAGUAAGGUGAGAGUGGUUGUGAAAAAAGAACAAAAUCCGUCACCCAUCACUUAUGAUUUGAUUGACAAUCUUCCGUUGUUGUUGCAAAAGCUUUUAAGAACCCAGCAUUUGAGUUCAGAAGCACUCAUGAGAAUUAUUGUUGCAAUGCACGAUACAUUCAACCCGUCCUUAUUGAUCAAUAGAGAUUUUGGUUGUGAUGGAUAUGACAACGACAUUAAUGUGUAUGUGCCAGUUAUUGAAGCCACAAACGCUUUAGCAACCGAAGGAAAAGCUACUAUUUUAAAACUUAUCUUGCAGUCACUAACUCACACCAAGGCUCUAAUGCUUGUCACCGAUGUUUUGAAUUUACCCACAGUGUCCGACGAUAUACUACAAAUCUUUACAGAGUUUUUGAACAAGUCAAGCAUCCUCCUGAACACAAUUGAUUUAAAGUUUUACAGCAUCAUUUGCAAAAAGAUUACGGUCAACUUUGAAUUUUUCUUGAAAAAGAUAAUCCAGUCAAUUGUUGCAAAUCCCAACUCAAGCGAAAUUUGCAAGUGUUUGUCUGUGCUACACAUUGACGAAUGGGCGACACACGUUUGUGAGUACGUCCUAUUAUUGUUGCGCAAUGCACCUUCCAAAUCAAUACAUCAUUUUGUGGCAGGGGUGAUAUCACGUCGUUUUGAGGGUUCACUAGUUCAAACGUUGGCAUUUGUGACCAAGAAUGACUUUGCUAGUGAGUUGUUUUUGCUUAGUGGGCACCUCUUUGAUUUGGUCAUCAGGCUUGAUGGCUCUGCACUUCAAGAAUGCUCUCAACUCCUAGAAAUGUACCUCAGAUUCAAGAGUCUACAAGGGGGCUGCGACUACUUGCUCAUUGAUAUAUUGGGUUCUGGCUGCAGCAAGUAUUUACAUAUGGACAUUAGCUUCUUGCAGAAGUUGGUCGAUUUUUCCAAGUUGCCGUUAUGUAGUCACCAAGUGACACAAAGAUUGCUUAACGACAGCAGAAGCAAGGAGAAAACUGUUGGUGAACUUGCUAACGCGGAGAAGAUGGAUGGUGUGCAUAAAAACGCUGUACCAAAGAAUACUAUGGCUAUUGAAAACUUGAUUGACGGGAAUGACAACAUGAUUGAGAGAGAUUCUGGUGAUGUACAGGUCUUGGCGGAGGAUUUUACAACAGUUCAAAAUCAUAUUGAUGUGAUGGCUCAGAAGGAAAUAAUUGAGGGUGACGAAUCAUCUGAACCGCCGCUAUUGACAGCUCCAGACUUGGUGAAACUUUUAUCUGAGAAAACGGACCGCGAGUUAAGCACAAUCACUCCUGAGCAAAAGUAUGAGUUAGAAUCUGACUUAUUGCAAUUUAUGGUAAGAUUAAGACAAUUGAAUUAG